AACGCUAGGGCCCCUGCCGGACUCCACGGCCGUGAUACCCCAGAGCCAGGUCCAGCCUGGGGUCCUAUCUUGGCCUCUUCUUCCUCCCUCGGUCUUUCUUCACUCCCUCCCAGGCUCCCUCUCCCCCUCGCGCAGUGGUUCGACCCAUCUCGGAGGCGUCUCCCCGGGGGCUGGUGUUGAUGCGCAUGCGCGAGCUCCAGCUGUGCGCUGCCCGGGCUCAGCAAUCCGGGGCUGCGCCGGUGGUGGCCGCCAGCCCCGCGCGGGCUGUCGCCAGGGCAGCUCAAGCCACGUGGUGAGAGACCUCCCUGCCCCCCGCUCAUCGGUCCCGCCGCCUCUCAGCCUCCCGGUUGGGGUCGCGAGAUACCGUUGCCCUAGGCGACUUCCCAGGGCCGGCGCCUGGCUGGCCACGGCCCCAGCUCCCAGACCGUUCGGGCCUCACCUGCCCAGCGAGCGCCCGGUGAGGGCUGCCAGGCAACGAUGAAGGUUCUCCUACUGAAAGACGCCAAGGAGGAGGACGGUGGCCAGGAUCCCUACGUCAGGGAAUUUGGGUUACAUGGACUCGAAGCCACUUUGAUCCCUGUUUUAUCAUUUGAGUUCUUGUCUCUUCCCAGUUUCUCGGAGAAGCUGUGUCAUCCAGAAGCGUUCGGAGGACUCAUUUUCACCAGCCCCAGAGCCGUGGAAGCAGUGGAGCUGAGUUUGGGGACGGGCAAUAAGACGGAAGUCUGGAAAAAGUCUCUGAAAGAAAAAUGGAACGCUAAGCCGGUGUAUGUGGUUGGAAAUGCCACCGCUUCUCUAGUGAAUAAAAUUGGCCUGGAUACGGAAGGAGAACACUGUGGAAAUGCAGAAAAGCUUGCAGAAUACAUUUGUUCCAGGAUCCCCAUGGAGAGCAUAACCGUCUAUCAGAAGAUUCCACACCCGGGAAUCCAGGUGAACCUGAAUAGCUACUAUUCCGAGCAGGGCGUUCCAGCCAGCAUCACGUUUUUCAGUCCCUCUGGCCUUGCGUACAGUCUCAAGCACAUUCAGGAGUUGUCUGGUGACGACAUCAAUCACAUUAAGGUGACGUAUUCAAUGAGGUUUUGGUCUUUUUCAGAUUUUUUUAUAGCAUUUUUACUGAUUAUCCCAGAGUUUCCCUAGAAAAGUCAAAGCACUCCUGACCUAGCAGGCACCCCAUGGCAGCUCGGCAGAACGGGAAAGGCAGGGCCUAGGAGUCCCCCAGCCCCCAGCCCCCCGCCUCAAGCUCGGCAGCGCCUCUGCCUGACUGGCAGUCUGGGACAAGUGACCUAACCCCCCUGAGCCUGUUUCCUCACUUGUCACGGGAGGAUAACCAUGUCUCUGUGGCCUUUGUGGACAUGUAGAGGGUCUUCCCUGAUGGACCAGUCCCCGGAUGGGAUGGGAGGGUUCAGGUGAAGCCCUGGCACAGGUGCGGCAUCCUUUUCCUUCGGUCCCAUCUGAGCGUCCUGAAAUUGUCUGUCCUCAAAGCGGUCCCCUUUCAUGUCUUUUACUUCAAAGGGU